CAAGUUGCUAGUAUUUUUUAUUUUACCUCUACCAGCUUCAAUUUCCUUAUCUAUAAAAUGGACAUUAUCAUACCUAAUCACGGACUUGUCAGAAUUAAAAUUUUAUAAGGCACAUAGAAUACUUUAUAGCUUACCAACACUAAUUAUUUAUUCAUCUUCCUUCUUGUAGCUCCACCCUCUCUCCCUGUGGUAAUAGGCCCCUUGGAGAGGGCCUUGCUCGGGCAGACUGUGAAUUUUAGCUGCAUGUCCUAUGGCUUCUAUCCCAGAAAUGUCACCCUGAAGUGGUUCAAAAAUGGGAAGAAACUCUCAUCCCUCCAGACCCAUGUGGUUCAGUUAAAGAACAGCAAUGCCUACAAAGUCGUCAGUACCACGGAGGUAGUCCCAGCUCUAGAUGACCUAAACUCUCAUGUUACCUGCAGUGUAUACCACCGGAGCUUGCAUUACCCUCUUCAUGGGAAGGCUGAUUUGUCUGAGACCAUAAUAGUUCCACCCAAGGUGUCCAUUCUUCAGCACCCUGCCUCAAAUAACAAGAUGAAUGUCACCUGCCAGGCAGAGAAGUUUUAUCCCCAGGACAUGCAACUGACAUGGCUGAAGGAUGGAAGUGUCUCCCAGAGAGAUGAGACCCUGACCCCCACCAAGGGCAAAGAUGGACUGUACAGCAUACAGAGCUCCAUCCUGGUGGAAAACAGUGACCAUGAGGAGGACACUAUGCUCACCUGCCAGGUGGAACAAGACGGAUGGCAGAAGAUCACCGUAAAAAUGACAUUUUGGGCCUCUGCUCACCUGGAUAGGUCUCAGUUGUAGCCAAUAGCAAGGCCUCCAUGAUUUAUUUAAGGGGGCUCCUUCAUCUUUCCAUAAAAUGUUCUUUUUCAGAUUUAUAAAA